GAGGGGCGGCAGAUCGGGACUCGCACGGCGUUGAGGUGUAGGAGCUAUUCGGCCUUCGAGAUAUGGCUGCAAACACUAAAUAGAUUCCCUCCAGGAAUCGUUUGCUGGAGGGACUUUCUCACCUGAAGGGGAUCUAGACUUCCGGGCUCUGGAAGCGAUAGUUCUAACACAAGGAUUCCACCCAUAGGGUUCUUUGCGCCUCGCUGUUGGCAUGAGAUGUUCAUAGAUGCAUCUGGUGAUCAAAGUUGGCAUGGCUGCGCCUCGUCGCUCGCCGUGCGGCAGGAAACACGCAAUUCCUCCGGACCUUUGAGAGUGCGUGCAUUUUGCGGCCCUGGCUUCAAGCAACUCGCAGUUUUCCUCCCCGCAUCCCUUCACCCAGAUAUCGCUCGUUUUUCGAACAAUAUGGGCCCCACUGCCUACGUUCUCUUGCAUGAUCUUAGCCGCGGCCAUUCUGACGUGGUCAACGCCCUUGCGUUCUCUCCGGACGGCCUGUACCUUGCGAGUGGAUCUGACGACGAGUCUGUUAUCAUCUGGAACGCGACCCUCGGCACCUACCUAUACCGUUUCACGUGCGAUAGCCGCGUCGACUCCCUUCUCUGGCACCCAGUGGAACAAGAGACCUUGAUUGUUGGUUGCCAAAGCGGCUCGCUUUUACAGGUUCGAGGUUUUUCCUUGACACACAACGAGGUUUACGAUAUUCGUCUCGGUGCCCGAUCGCACAUCUAUUGUAUGGACUAUCAUCCGAGCACCCGUUGUCUCGCCGUGGGCAUGGGUCCUGAGGUGCAUAUCACGCGAGAGACAGCCCCUAACAAGUACGACGGCGAUACUCGGCUUCCGCACCCGAAAGACGGGCUCGCUUUAGACGAUAAGCGCGAUCGUGCCGUGGCAGUCAAGUUCACAGAAUCCGGACAGCAAAUUAUCGUGACUUACCUGACCCACGGCGUCAUGUGUUACGAGCUUCGAACAGGCAACAGAAACUGGCACAUUGUGCCUCCCAAAUCCCAUCCAGCUAUCGGUCAUUCUGCAGUAUCGCCGGACUACAGCAGCAUCGUGGUACAUAACUUCAAAGAUGGCCUGACUGAAUAUUCCCUGUCCGAUCGUACGAAGGCCCGGCAAUCGUAUCGCUUCAACGCUACGCCGAAUCCGAAGAUUGCUCUACAAGUGGCCUUUCUGCGUUAUGGGCGCGCGAUAGUAUGCGGCACGUCGACGGGAAAUGUCUGCGUCUGGGAGACGUCGUCCGGAGACUAUUUCCAACAGCUUGAUCACGGCGGGCACAUAGUGAUGGCGGUUGCAGGAUGCCAACGGCAGGGCUUUAGUUACAUCGCUACAGGGGCGGCGAGUCAGGGUCCCGGUGUCUACAUCAAGAUAUGGAGGGCUAAGAUCGGCGCAGACACUUCGCAAGAUAAUCGGCUGACAUUUUGGCGUGCUGCCCUUCGCAUGCCAAAGGUUCGAAUACGAGGGCUUGCUCCCACCGCUGAGGAGGCAUGGAGGUUGUUGGUCGCUGCCCUCGUCAUAAUCGGCAGUGUGACAUUGGCAUGGUCUACUUGGCUCAUCGGGACGAACAUUCCCUGGGGUGCCAUGUAUGAGCUGUUGAUGAACUACGUCGCACACAGCACGUCUUUUGUCGACGGUGUCUGGAGGAAAGGGUACUCUGUGGCAGUGAAAGGGUGGUACACAACAACCGCGGUAUUUCACGCGCUACUCGCUGCUGUUUUGCACUAUGCGCGUUUGAAAGCCCUCGAAGCCCUCGGAAUACCUGCCGACAUACUGGAUAGAAUCCCUCCGACUUAAUAUCCAGCCCUAGUACCUGGCCUUGUCUAAGCUGACAGGGACGGUCUGUCUGUCAGGCGUAGAUAGCAAUUGGUAUUGAUAUUGUUUGAUGUACAUCAUGGCAUUAUGCCCUCGACAUGUUGAUGGAAAACUGCCGCC